AAAUAACAAAAAGAAAACAAAAAUGUCACAACAUAUUCUCAUUUCCCCUCCCCAAAGUCGUCUAUUCACGUCAAGAAACAGCGGCGGCAGCAUCUCAACCACAAGGAAGAGCACAGAAGUCUUUCUCAUUCACAUCCAUCAUCUGCUGUUUUCUGGGGUGAUUUGUCUUGAUGGCUUCGAAACGGAUCUUGAAAGAGCUCAAGGAUCUGCAGAAAGACCCCCCUACUUCUUGCAGUGCCGGCCCAGUUGGUGAGGACAUGUUUCACUGGCAAGCAACAAUAAUGGGACCUCAAGAGAGUCCUUAUGCAGGGGGAGUAUUUUUGGUUACCAUCCAUUUCCCCCCUGAUUACCCAUUCAAACCUCCGAAGGUUGCAUUCCGGACAAAAGUUUUCCACCCAAAUAUAAACAGCAAUGGCAGUAUUUGCCUUGACAUCUUGAAGGAGCAGUGGAGCCCUGCCUUAACAAUAUCAAAGGUGUUGCUCUCGAUCUGUUCACUUUUGACGGAUCCAAACCCAGACGACCCCCUUGUGCCAGAAAUUGCUCACAUGUACAAGACAGACAAGGCCAAGUACGAGCAAACUGCACGGAGCUGGACACAGAAGUAUGCAAUGGGAUAGCAUCAUUUGUGUGAAAAUGAUGUGUUCCCGCCCAAUGAAUGAAGACGAUGCUUUGAAUUCUUGAUAUUGAAUCAUUAUUGGGAAAGACUGGAUAUUGUCGUUGGAAUUGAAAGUAUGUAAUUCUGUUGAAUCCUUCAUAUUUGUUGAUGAAUGCCCUGUUAAUUAUCAUCUUCUUGAAAAAUGGAACUGCACUUGAUAGAUGAAAAGGUUAA